UGAUUUGCUAACUAAAACAUACUAUGGCCCUCAUUCCUUUCAUCACUUCCAAUGAGACUUCCUUCAGAAGAAUGCCCAUUAUGCUCCCAUUUCUUCUCGGUUUCUCUCUUUUCCUAUCCGGUUUUGAUUUGUUGGUACAAGUUGAGUGCCUUGGCAUAAACUAUGGCCAAGUUGGCAACGACCUGCCUCCACCUGACAAAGUUCUACAACUCCUAAAAUCCUUGAGGAUUGACAAGGCAAGAAUCUACGACACCAACCCCCAGAUCCUGACGGCGUUCGCCAACUCGAACGUCGAACUCAUCGUGACCGUCGAGAACCAAAUGCUGGCGGCCCUGGGCCGGGACCCGCAACAAGCCGCGCAAUGGGUGGGCGGCCACGUGGCCCCGUACGUCCCGGGGACCAAGAUCACCGGGAUCGCUGUGGGCAAUGAGAUUUUUAGCGACAGCGACCGGUCCUUGGUCCUUAACCUGGUCCCAGCCAUGGUGAAUAUACAUGCAGCCCUCGUCCAGCGAGGGCUGGAUCGUAAUAUCCACGUCUCCUCCCCCUGCUCUGCUGCAGUCCUCGCGAGCUCCUUCCCCCCGUCCUCCGGGUCCUUCAGGCAGGAGCUCGCGGGGCCCAUGCAGCAGUUCUUGCAGUUCCUGGAGGAGACGAAUUCGCCCUUUUGGAUCAACGCGUACCCGUACUUCGCGUACAAGGACAACCCCACCCUCAUCUCUCUCGACUACAUCCUCUUCAACCCGAACGCGGGGACGGUUGACCCGUUGACCAGACUGCGGUACGACAACAUGUUGUACGCGCAGGUCGACGCGGUCGUGUUCGCCAUUUCCAGGAUGGGAUUCUCCGGCGUGGAGGUCAGGGUGUCGGAGACCGGGUGGCCGUCGAAAGGCGGGCCCGACGAGACCGGGGCCACGCCGGAGAACGCGGCGGUGUACAACAAGAACCUGAUGAGUAGACAGGCGGCGCAAGAGGGGACGCCGCUGAGGCCGAACGUGAGGUUGGAAGCUUACGUUUUUGCUUUGUUUAAUGAAGACAUGAAGCCGGGGCCGGCGUCGGAGAGGAACUAUGGCCUUUUCCGACCGGAUGGGACAAUGGCGUAUAGCGUCGGCGAUGUGACGGCACGACCGUUGCCGAGUCAGCCUUCAAACAUAACUUCUCCCGUUUUCUCUGGAACAAGAAAGGCAAAACAAAUGGACUGUCAAAGCUUGGAAUAUUGGAUGUUUGUAUAUGCGCUGGCUGGCUUGCUUUAUAGGCUGUUAUAACCAUUAAAUAAUUAAUAACUUUUCCGUUA